AUGGCUUUCGCCGAUGGCAAGGAGCGGGUCCUACCGUCAAGCUCCAGUCGACGCGAUGUCACAGAAAAGUACAAGGCAAUUCUUCAACCAAAGUCUUCCGUGGACAUUCAGCCUCAACACGUUGACCGAGUGUUCAAGCGCAUGCUCACGCAACACAAGACCGUCGACACAACAUCCAAAUGGACCAACCGAUUCGUGGCUAGCUCGACGGAGAUGGCAUUUCAGACGUGGAGCGUUGCAUUCUACUCGACGUCUGCGCGGACACUGAUGUUGUGUGUGGUGCUGGUGCACAUGCUCGUGACGACAGUGGACUUUACAUUCUCGCAAUGGAUCAUUGCACUUGCGAUGGUAAUGCUGUGUACUGGACUUAUGGUGCGGACGGGAUGCAUUUACGAAGUGAACCUGCACACCCUUCACACAAAGUACAUGGCAAGUGUAAAUGCCCUUGUUGCGAAUGAUCCCUCCAACGCCCAAACGACGGAGGCAAUCGAUGCUUUGUCCCAGCUUGAUGCGACCUUUGCCACAACCCUUGGCAACUACGGCGACUUGGUCGUGGCAGUGAACACGAUUUUAAUCCUCGUCACGCAGGUGGUGGUCUCGGCGUCCCACUGCGACUUGGUACACACCGUGUUGGCCUGGUUUGCGUUGAUUGUGGCUCUCAUGUCAAAUUCUGCAUACUGGCAUGUGAUUCCCCAUGAAGAGGCGUACGUGUACUUUAUGGUCAGUGGACUGCUCUGCUUCCAAAUCACGCGCGAAUUGGACUUGUGCCAUCGUACCAACUUUUUGUACUACUACAACGCUGAAAAGUCGGCCGAAGUGCUUCGCGACCAGCUCGACCACGCUUUGGAAUUGAUUGUGUACAACGAAUGCAAAGCUGAAGAAAUGCAAGCCGUGGCCCAAACCAUCGAUGAAAACGCAGAGUUGUGCGCGAAACUCCAACCAUACCGUAUCCCCCUAGAAGAACUGACCCUGAAGCGAGUGAUCGGACAAGGCGCGUACGGGGAAGUGAUCUUGGCCGAAUUCUGCGGCACGAUGGUGGUGCUCAAGCGAAUGCAUCGACACAAGAUCACCCGCGCCGCCGUCCAAGAGUUCACCGACGAAAUCUUGCUCAUGUGCCAGCUGCGGCACCCCAACAUUGUGCAGUUUAUCGGCGCUAGUUGGAAUACGUAUUCGAACAUUGGCUUCGUGUUGGAAUACGUCGGCCAUGGAGAUUUGUACGUGAUUAUCCACGACAAGCGCGUGGCCAAGUCGUGGUCUGACCCGCUUCAUCGCAUUGCGGUGGACUCUGCCCGCGGGAUUUGCUACCUCCACAGCAAAAACAUCAUUCACCGUGACUUAAAAAGCUCCAACAUCCUCAUCAGCCCCACUUAUACGGCAAAGAUAUGCGACUUGGGGAUGAGUAAAUCGAUGGAAGAACUCAAAGCCAACGAGAAACAAGUGGGCACGCCCCUGUGGACUGCGCCCGAAGUGGUCACGGGCGGCCAAUUCAGCCUAAAGUCCGACGUGUACGCGUUCGGCAUCAUCUUGACCGAAUUGAUCACACGAAAGACGCCGUACGCAGACAAGACCAAGACCAUGUCUGCGUACAAGAUCAUGCUCGAAGUGGCCGCGAAUGGGCUACGCCCGGCGUUGCCUACGUGGCUCCCCGAAGCACUUCGGCAUUUGAUUGUGUCGUGUUUGGAUGUGUCGCCUGAUGAUAGACCCACGAUGCUGCAAGUGCUGCAGUUGUUACAAACAGAUGCCAUUUAUCAAUUGCAAGGGCGGGCGUUGUGGUCGAAAGUUCGAGGACUUGUGUCCGAGCGCGCCCAUCGUACGACGAGCUUUUCGAUGGAAAUGAUCCGCGUGGCCAAGGCGCAAUCCGAGCUCGAAACGUAUUCCAAGCCACGAGCGAUUGACUCUGACGAUUCCGAAGAAAAUGACGUCCCAACCCUCUCCAACUUUCACUCAAACAUCGUUGAAACGACUGUCGUCGAAGAAUGGUAAUUAAUGUAAUUAAUAGAACUCCGG